GGGCGCCUCAGUCGCCUGCUGGUCGAGGUGAGGUCCGGUUGUGCUUCGUCUGUUGCUGAGGUCGUGCUUGGAGCGAAGGAGAUUCGAGAAUGGGCCCAGUGCACGAAACGCGGAGCAUGAAGGAGUAUGUGGCAGGGGCUCGCUUCGCCACCAGGGCCGUCCACGAAGGACACGACCCUGACGAUUGGAAGGCGAAGGAUGUCGUCCCGCCCAUAACAUUGUCGACGACCUUCAAGCAAUUUGCUCCGUCCCAUCACGCCGGUUUCGAAUACGGGCGAAGCGGCAACCCGUCGAGGCAGUGUCUGGAGAGAUGCAUAGCAUCUCUGGAAGACGCCAAAUACGGGCUUUGCUUUUCGUCGGGGCUGUCGGCGAUGACGACCCUGCUGCACUUGUUGAAGAGCGGGGACCACGUCAUCAGCAAUGACGAUCUUUACGGCGGGUCCAACCGGUACUUCCGAAAGGUUCUCAAUCGAUCCGACAUCCAGGUGACCUUCGUGGACAUGGCCAAUCAUCCCGAUAAGGUCCUCUCUGCCAUGACGCCCAAGACCAAGAUGGUGUGGAUGGAGACGCCGACGAACCCGACCAUGAAGUUGGUGGACAUCAAGAAGGUGGCCGACAUGGCGCACCAACAACCGGGUACCAUUGUCGUCGUCGACAAUACCUUCAUGACGCCUUACUUCCAGAAACCGCUGAUGCUGGGAGCGGACGUGUCGAUGCAUUCCGUGACCAAGUACAUCAACGGUCACUCCGACGUCAUCAUGGGGGCCGUGGCCAUCAACGACGAGGCGCUCUACGAGGAACUCGCCUUCCUUCAGAACUCGAUGGGGACGGUGCCGUCGCCGUUCGACUGCUACUUGGUGACUCGGAGCGUCCGGACUCUCCCGUUGAGGAUGCAGGCGCACAUGACGGCUGCUCUCAUCGUUGCGAGGUUCUUGGAGAAGCAUCCGUGCGUCGAGAAGGUUCUUCAUCCAGGAUUGGAAAGUCAUCCGCAAUACGAAUUGGGGAAGAAGCAGAUGCAGGGACACAGCGGGAUGUUGUCGUUUUACAUCAAGGGAGGCCUGGAGGAAUCUCAGAUUUUCUUUUCCCAUCUCAAGCUCUUCACGCUCGCCGAAAGUCUCGGUGGAUUCGAGAGUCUGGCCGAACUCCCGGCUCUGAUGACCCAUUCGUCGGUUCCGGAUAAGCAGAGAGAGGAGUUGGGAAUCGGGAAUAACCUGGUGAGACUCUCGGUCGGACUCGAGGAUCCUCAAGACCUCAUCGAGGAACUCGAUCACGCUCUCAGGGCUGCUGUGAGUCUUUUCAUUUUCUCGGGUUCAUCAGACUUGAAGGAAGAAGCCAUGUCCAAUAAAUACAAUUUGAAGUGGAAUUCCCAUCAUGCAGAAACAUUUCAAAGCUUUGAAAAUCUCCGUCACAGGGAGAUGUUUGUGGAUGCGACUCUGUCGUGCAAUGGGCAGUUCUUGAAAGCCCACAAGCUAGUGUUGUGUGCAGGGAGUGGAUAUUUUGAAAGAAUCCUCAACAAAGAAGGAUCAGGGACACCUACCAUUCAUUUCUAUGGCAUAGAAAUGCAUUUGCUUAAGCUUCUAGUUGAGUUCAUGUACUGUGGAGAGGUAGAAGUUCCAGCUAUGGAUCUUGAGAAAUUCAUUGAAGUUGCUGAGAACCUGGAAGUGAAGGGACUUAAGGGAGACAAGUCAAAGAGCAGUGGAUCGCACAAUGCUGUUGGCGGAACCACCAUCCCUGUGUCUGAUGUUCAUGAUGCUCUGGCUCACAAGAGGAAGAGUGCUGUCCAGGCUUGGCAUGGACUUGGGAAUUCACAGUAUCCUCCUGCAAAAAUACCUAGAUCUCAUGCUCCUAUACCUCAAAGCAGGUCUCAGUUCACUGGAUCAAGUUCUCAGCAAAAAGAGGCAGCACCAUGCCCAUCUAAUGCUUUCUUGAGUCACCCUGAACCUAGUACAAGCACAUCAAGUGAUGAAGUGUUGAUUAAAGAUGAAGCAGAUGACGAAGAACUCAAUGAUAUCCGUGAUGUGGAUUCAGCUGCUGCAGCUGCUGAAGAGCAUCAGUGGGAUGAACAAUGGGAUGAGCAGUCUGGAGGCUCGUAUUGUGUGGAAGGAAUGGAAGGAGAUCCUGAGAAGCCACUGAAUGUCCCAGCAGAAGUUGAUCCCCAGAUGAUGAAGAAGAUAGAUUACCUGGUGUGGAUGGGUGAAGUGAGUGGAAGCGCAGGACUGAAACUGUACUUCUGUGCCCGCUGCCACUACAGGUCGAGCUCGAAAAGGAAUGCCAUGAGGCACAGGUACACCCACAUGCAGACCGUGGAGUAUGUACGGAAUGGGGUCUGGAAGGGGCAAAUGGGCACGCAGACGCUGUUCUUCUGCGGUCUCUGCGAGUACAAGACGGUUCAGCGCAGCAACGCCGUCAGCCAGCACUGGCGCCUCCAUUCUUCGGCCAAGUCCUACAAGUGCAAUAGCGUGGAGUACGUCCGAGACGGGAUUUGGAAAGGCACCGUCUCCAACGGCUUCCCCUUGUUCUUCUGCGGCUCCUGCGACUACAAGACGAGCCGGAGGGGCAACGCCCUCUACCAGCACACUCGGGCCCAUUCGUCCUUCAAGGCUUAUCGGUGCGGCCGGUGCAGCGCUGCGUUCAAGUGGAAGAUAUCGCUCGUCAAUCACAUGACUCUCACGCAUGGCGGUUCUUGA